CGUGGUUCGGAAGAGCACGCGCUGCCGAGCUCAGAGCCCCAGCGACCGGACAGUUCCUCCAUCGAUCCAGUUAAGACCUGCUCUCUAGAGGAGCACUGUCCACGCCAUAGCCGUGCAAGCCCCCAUCACCAGAUACCCAGCAUCAUUCAGCGCGAAGCUUUCUCACCAGACAUGCCCUGUGUGCAGGCUCACUAUGGGCCCGCCCCUCCCGGCUCUGCCUACUCUGGCCAGUCUUUCGGUUACCCGGGCGACAGCUACAGCUCUGACCUCAUGACUCCGGACUACACCAAGCUGGACCUGGGCGGGGGGGACAUCUCGGCCGCAGCGACCACGUCCCUGCCCAGCUUCAACGUGUUUGUGGAGGGCAGCUAUGAGCCCAAGUCGUCCUGCCUGUAUCAGACGCCCUCCCACAGGCCCACCAUCAAAAAGGAGGAGGAUAGCUACCCCUCAGCCCCCACUCUGGAGGCCAUGUCCUCUUCUUCCAUGUACUUUAAACAGUCCCCGCCCUCCACCCCCACCACUCCCUCUCUGCCCCCCCAGCCAGGCUCCUCCUUCCUCUGGGAGGACCACUCCCUGGGCCCACCCAGCCACCCCCACCUGGAAUCUUUGGGCUCUGGCCCCCUCAAGUCCCCCCGCUUCUCCCACUUCUAUCAGCACUCGCCCCCCCACAGCGGGGGCACCGUGGGGGGGUACGAGGGGCUGGGGGGCGGGCUUGCACGCUCCUCCUCCUCUUCCUCCUCCUCAUCCUCCUCGGCUCCCCACCCUCAUGGCCCGCCUCUGGAGCAACACAUGUACCAGCUGCACCGCGGGGCAGGGGGCAGCAGCCUGGCCUUCCGCUCGCUGGCUCUGGGUCCUUGUGCCACCCUGCUGGGGGACAGCCUGCCCUCGCCCCCCCCACGGGGCCCCCCGGGGGAGGGCACCUGUGCUGUGUGUGGAGACAACGCUGCCUGCCAGCACUACGGGGUUCGUACCUGUGAGGGCUGCAAAGGCUUCUUCAAGCGAACUGUGCAGAAGAAUGCCAAGUAUGUGUGUCUGGCCAGUAAAAACUGCCCGGUGGACAAGAGGAGACGUAACCGCUGCCAGUACUGUCGCUUCCAGAAGUGCCUCAGCGUUGGCAUGGUGAAGGAAGUGGUGCGCACUGAUAACCUGAAGGGGCGUCGCGGCCGCCUGCCCUCCAAACCAAAGAGCCCCCUGCAGACCGAGUCAUCCCCCCCGUCCCCCCCCCUCAGCCUACUCUCUGCCCUGCUCAGGGCCUACUCCCACUGCACCCCCCGUGAGCUCGACUACAGCCAGUUCAGUGCAGCGGAUCCUCCCUCCUCUUUGUCGGACGCCCAGCACAUCCAGCUCUUUUAUAGGCUUCUCACUGCCUCCAUGGAUACCACACGUUGCUGGGCUGACCGGCUUCCGGGCUUCUCCGAGCUCAACCGCGACGACCAGAACCUGCUCAUAGACUCCGCCUUCCUGGAGUUGUUCGUGCUGCGAUUGGCUCACAGGUCCAUGUUGACUGAGGAUAAGUUGGUGUUCUGUAACGGCUUGGUGCUGCACAGGUUCCAGUGCCUUCGUGGGUUUGGAGAGUGGUUGGACUCCAUCAGAGACUUGUCCUCCCACCUCCAGAGCCUCAACCUGGACGGCUCGGCCUUUGCCUGCCUGGCGGCGCUGGUGCUGCUUACAGAGCAGGUGCCUGGUCUGAAGGACUCCAAGCGUGUUGAGGAGCUGCAGAAUAAGGUGGUCUGUUGCCUUAGAGACCACCUGGGCUUUGGCCCCUCCUCUUCAUCUAAAGCCACACCCCCUCUCAGCCGUGUGCUGGGCUUGAAGGCGGAGCUUCGCUCCCAGAGGACCCAGGGCCUCCAGCGCAUCUUCUACCUGAAGCUGGAGGAUCUUGUCCCGCCCCCUCCCCUUAUUGACAGGUUCUUGGACACUUUGCCCUACUGACGCUGGCUGCUCUGCCACCACCUGUAAACGCACACGUCCUGUUUGAGCCUUGUUGCCAGGAGCGCACAGACGCCUCCAGACUGAAGGUACUCACGACCUCUGAUCUGCACAGAGCCAGGACAGCCAAACGGAAUGCUUUCACACGAAAGGGCAACCAAUCAAAGAUGCUUUUCACUCAAAAAGACAACCUAUCAGAUUGCUUUUCACACAGACUUAAUAAAAUGCUUUACCAAUUCUUUUUAUAUUUCAUCCUUUGAUUUUUGUUUUCUAUUUGAGGGAGGACAUCUGAGGAAGAAAAAAAAGAUACAACUGAAAAGUUACCAAAAAAAAAUCCCUCUCCUCCCUCCGUCUGUGUUAAGUCUCAUUUCACUUUGAGGAAGAUUACAGUGUUUGUGAAGCCGGUGGGUGGCUGAGCGCUGGCCUGCUUCUCUGCUCUGUGGAUCAUGAGGGCAGGCGGGGCCUGGAUCAGACAGCUGCACAGACCCCGCUGGGUCCUCCACGCUCUCCUGUAUACAGGAAGGAAGGGGAUGUUUUCUAAUUGAAUUGUAUUGUCAGCAAAUGGCCACGUUCAGCAUGAACAUGUUAAAAACACAGCAGUACACGAAGUGUGUUUGUGAGCGUAGACACACGAUGGACAGAACACAUGAAAUCACAGAAUAAACACGUUGGAGUGAUCAAUGCUCUGGUAUCUAAGUGCAAUUUCUUAAGUGUUGUCUUAUUAAACAAGGAAAAAGGUUUAAUUUCAAACUCUAAAUUAUGUAAAUACUAAGAAUGGAACUCAGAGAAAGACAGUCUGCCCAGAGACACAGUCUGCCAAGAGAGACAAAGUCUGCCCAGAGACACAGUCUGCCCAGAGAGAGAUAGUCUGCCCAGAGAGACAGUCUGCCCACAGAGAGACAGUCUGCCCAGAGAGACAGU